AUGGCCAGCACCACGACUGACGCCAACACUCCUAAGACCGGUGCCGUCAAGAGGUGGGAUGGCAAUGCCGAACGAGAUCUCUGCCUCGCCAUAAUAAUGGGCGGCAGUACCGAUGGCGACAAGUUUCGCCCAGACUGGAAUACCACCCACAGCGCAAUGACUGCUCUUGGUUACGACUUUACCAAGGAUGCCAUGUCUCAGCGAUGGAGCAAGACCAUCUUGAAAGAGUUCAAGAGUCGCCACUCGGAUGUCGACCUCGCCUCGCCCGCAUCAUCACCCACCAAAAUGACUCCCACCAAGCGCAAGAAGGCUGCCGCAGCAGCAGCCGCGGCCGCCACAACCACCUCUGACGAAGCCGCUUCCGACAGUGGUGCCGUCGAAGAGACCGUCGUGGCCGCCGCCGCUACUCCUCCUGCCACGCCCAAGGGUCGCAAGCGCGCUCCCGCCAAGCCCAAGGCCACUGGCCCUCCCAAGCCCCGUGGUCGCAAGCCCAAGUCGGCCGCGACGGUCAAGGGCGAAGAGGAAGAGGACGACGAGCCGACUCCUGCAAAGACUGCUGUCGAGAAGCCAGCAACCGCCAAGAAGGGGCCUGUGACCAACGCCAAGAACGAGGACGCCGACAAGGCCCCAGAGGAUCAGCCCAGCCCUUCCAAAAAGGCCAAAGUUGAGCCUCAGGAGGACACUGAAAUGACUGAUGAUGUUUGA